CAAGGAAAUGAUUCCUCUUUACUUCAUUGAGAUAAACCCCAUAACCGAAAGGUUGCAAGAUCGAAUCCCAGAGCCGACAAGGUAAAAAUCUGUUGUUCUGCCCCUGAACAAGGCAGUUAACCCACUGGUCUUAGGCCGUCAUUGAAAAUAAGUAUUUGUUCUUAACUGACUUACCUAGUUAACUAAAGGUAAAAUAAAAAAUAAAUGCCACCAAGUUUUGAAGGUAAAGUCUAAUUGGUCCGAAUGCUGACAGAUUUUUUCUUUUGGAAAAUUUUUAUUGGUACAAUUCCUUUAAAAACAGCUCAUACAUUUUUUACAUCAUUUAUACACAUAAAAACGGCAACAAAGCAUAAAACACAGCAUUUGAAAGUUACAUUUAAAUUUGUUAAAAAAUACAUGUUGUUAAAACCAAUGAAAACAACUAUGAAUAAAAGUACUUUCCUUGUAAAUACAUCAAAUCUGUAAAAGCCAUUUAAAAUGUGUACUAAUGAUCUAACAAAGGUAAAACAUUUUUAAGACAUGAAAACAUGUUAAAAAGCCACUUUGUUAAAAGGCUGUCUUCAGUCCCUUGUACAGGAGCGGGGUGAGUCUUUAUCAAGUUCACCUCAUCCUGCUCUUCUGAAUGGAUCAUCGUCCCGUCCUUCGGGGCCCAGAGGGGAUCUCCCCUAGGCGCAUCACUCUAGGCGCUGCAGCGUUGUCAGGCCGUGGCCGCCGGGACCUAGGGUGUUGUGGGGGACCCUUCGCUUGGGGUCGAGGCCCCCUUUCUUCCGUACCACCCCAGGGCUUCCGUGGCUACCAUGGCCACUGCCUGGGGGGUGGUCUCUACGUUUUUCGCUACCAGCAGGUUACGGGAGGACCACAGUGCUUCCUUCAGGCACGUGAGGAUGGACCAGAGCUUGGUGAAGGUCUUCGAUGGAAUGGGCCUUCGGCCCACCCGAAUGCUGACAGAUACUAGAUUAAACCAAUCAGUAUUAUCUGUAGGUGGGAUAUUGGACUUCUGCGCAAAAUAGGCUGAUGCAGGGUCAUAGUGGAUUGGGAAGUGGGUUCGUGUUAGUGGGGGAAAACCCAGAUGGGGUGUGAGGAAUGUGUUGAGGUACAGAUUGUGAAGCAUGUCCUGUUAUAUUGCAGGCGGUAUACUGAGGAUAGGAGGACAUUUUUCUGUGAGAUGGCUGAGUUGGGUGUCACCACAUUUUUGCUUGUAACAAUUUUGCCCUCAAAUGACAGGCAUAACUAAAUAGCAAGGAAAUUGUUGUGGUUUCACAUUUUCACAAAAUGCAUGAAGACAUGGCUGUAGGUCCAUCAGAUUUGUAAACAUGGUCCCUAGCUGUGUAUUGCCGCUUUCCAUGUUGUCUGUUGUCUGUAGCUUGUGAGGUGUGGAAACACUUUGUUUGCUUUUAUGAAUUUUGUCUUGAUGCUUUUUGUCCUAUGUUGCUGUCUGUAUGCUAUGUCUUGCUUGUCCAAUGUUGCUCUGCGUGUGCUUGCUGCUCAAUGAUUGUCUAUAUUGUAAUUGUUUUUAAUAACCUGCCCAGGGACUGCGGUUGAAAAUUAGCUGGCUAAAACCGGCACUUUUACUGAAACGUUGAUUAAUGUGCACUGUCCCUGUAAAAAAUAAACUCAAACCGGCCUGCAACUAGGAUUGUGAGGCUAUUAGAUAUUUAAAUGUGUAAUUCGCACUGCGACCUGAGAAAGGCAGCGAUACGCAAUACUGCAUCUCGUCUGCCGGAAACGGACAGGCGGGGUUUAUGAACUUGGAGGGAACUUCAACACAACAACCCAAGAAAGGAAAUCGAAGAUGAAAUGUGUAUUUAUCAAAAUCGCAAAACAUAAAUAAAUAAACGAAACCGAUCAAUCUCAAUUAAAUUGCAUCCGGCGUGCACGAGAACUUGGGUUGCAUGCUUUUAGUUCGGUAGCUAAAGUAAAAGCUUUGAUGACCAGACGAAAUAUUGCAGAAGUACGCGAGUCAUGCAGCAUCGAAGCAAGACCAGUCUGGCAACACAGCUGUGCAAAGCUGUGAAUGACGGAGAACCAAGAACCGUGCAGAUUCUUCUUGCACAAGGAGCAAAUCCCAAUCUUGUCGGAAGUAAAGGUGUUGCUGCUGUGCAUUUGGCAGUUGGCAAAGAGACUGAGAAAAGUAUACGCUGCCUAAAGUUAAUUCUACAACAUGGGGCAGACCCCAACAUCAGGUCUUCGGAUGGUUUGACACCCCUGCACGUAGCAGCGUUAUGGGGUUGCUAUCAGAAUCUCAAACUGCUGUUAAAGAAUGGAGGGAACGCAAACUUAAAGGAUCAGGAAGGGAACAAACCAGGUGAUCUGGCACAACAACAGGACAACCGCAGAUGUGCCCACCUCCUUCAGGAGUACCAGUCUCAGUCCUUGGACACAGAGGAGGAAGAUCUGCCUCAAUUCCAAUACUCUGUUUACAAUGGCCAAGGUGACGCGUCAAGCUACACUGACUCCGAAGACUGCAGUGUUAUCUCUCACAGCAUGUCCUUGCUGAGUGACUUCGGGGAGGGCCCACUGAGUAGCACACGUCAGACCUCGUUCUUUGAACUGUCUGCUAUUAGCAACAGGCACAGUUGGAGAAGAAGAUCCCAUUCAUGGGCUUCUGAUUAUAAAUCUAACCCUGAGGUGCGCCACACCAACGAGUGGGACACGGACUCUGACUGGGAGCCUCCAUCAAUGUUAUCCAGCACUCGUAUGUCCGUCGCAGGUCCUAGAGCCGCACUUCCUGUACUUCGGGAGGAAGUACCACUCGCUGACUGCAGUGCGCUGCAUCGGUCUGUAAACAGGAACAAACUCUCUCCUCCUCCGUUGGACCUUCUCCCUCCUUGCUUUUCACGACGCAAGAGUGUGAGCUUCAGAGAGGAAGUGGGCGAAUACUUCCCUGUUUUUAGUUCAGAAUCUCCGAGGCGGGAGCCAGGGGGUCAGGGUAUUGCCUACACUAAAGACUAUACUCUCGACUUCUCGGAAUACUCAGAGUUCCUGGAUCCAGAGCGCAUGGCCACCGUCCUACAUCACCAGGGGAUCGACGUCACGUCCCCUGAACAUGUGUUUGUAUUCUCCAAGGACAAUAAUGAGUGCACUGAGAUCGACAUGGAAAAAACAUUUGUUGGACACUUCCCAUUUGAGGAAGAGAACGGAGAAGUCGUUGAGAACCAGGUAGAAGAAGUGGAGGUCCAUGAACAAGCAUUAUGUGGCUCUGCUAGCAGCAGCAGUAGCAGCGGAGCUAGUAGGUACAGCAGCUGUGAUAGUGACCACUACAUUACGACCCUGGAGGCGUCCCCCAGGCGGGUCUCACCCUCUGACAAGGAGCAUAAAGUGAAAAGCAGAGGUGUCAAAGGCGACCAACACACACAAAAUCCUAUGAACACUAACAAUGUAGAUACUGAUGAAACUCCCAACAGCUCAGAGAGGUCAAAACCAGCCAUGGUAGAACUACCAGCCAUGGUAGAUAACCUUACAUUGACUGACAAAAUAUCUCCAACCAAAGGUCCAGGUUGUGAAAAAAUAUUUCCAGAAGCUGUCUUAGCGGGUAAUGUUAAAGAGUUGUCAACAAGACUGACUGAAUGCACUCCCAGACCUGGUUCUACUCCAGCGUUGGAGGAGGACCUGCCUCUGACCCCAAGUCCCUUUGUCACUGGUAGGACGCACUCGCGGCUGAGUCGCUGCUCGGUAAUUAGCGGCAAGACCCCCGAAAGCCUCCUCUCCACCUCCUCACUGUUUGAGCAGACCUUGCCUACGCCGACACGCACACGCCGCCAAAACAUCAAGUCGCAAGACAGCGACGUCUUUUACCACACGCCAUGCGGUCGUAGUCGCACCCCAGUCUUUUCUGGGAACAGGACAGGUAGUACUUCUGGGGACUCAUUAGUCAUCUACGAGAGCCAAGAGCCUCAAUCGAGCACUCUCAGAGCCGACAGAGGUCAAGGGUCAUAUGUCAGUGCCAGCCAAGCGGACACCCUCAUCGUCGCCAAGGACGACAGAGGUCAGGGUUCUUGUGUUAGUGCCAGCCAAGCGGACACCCUCAUCAUCGCCAAGGACGACAGAGGUCAGGGUUCUUGUGUUAGUGCCAGCCAAGCGGACACCCUCAUCAUCGCCGAUGUCGACAGAGGUCAGAGUUCUUGUGUUAGUUCCAGCCAAGCGGACACCCUCAUCUCUAAAACCAUGGCUGACACAGUCAUCGUAACUCCAAGUUCAGCUGACAAAUUAUCUUUACCUGAUAAUUACUUUGUAAAAAAUCCUCACAAAGAGUCUUUACCCACUUAUCUGAGAAAAGACGUUCUUGAAAGUGGUGAAUUUCUAACCGACGAUUUGUCCAGCUCCAGUGAUGCAGUGACCAAGGAGGGGACAGUUGGUAGCUUUGGGCCAAGAGGGGAGGAAUCCUGGACCACAGAGGAGGCCGACUCAAGCUCAUCUUUGUCAAGUUCCCAGACUCCAUCUUCAUCCAGCUCCAGUUACUUCUCUCCAAAUAGAGAUCAGCCCCCUUCGACCCCAGGCACUACCCCGCGCUACAGCAUGAGUCGACUCUCCCGCUUCCACAAGCCCCAGCGGCUGGCCAGCCUCUCCUACACCCCAGGCGGACGUCCUGUGAUACCAGACCAGGAGGAACCGGUAGAGUACCUCUACACGGACACGGAGCAGGGUCACGAACUGAUCGAGACCCACGUCCCACCUGCGGCCAACACCUCGCUCAGCUCCAGCAUGAGCACGUCCAGCAGCGAGGACACAGUGCUGUACGACUGGCGCUCCCUGCAGGGUGGUGGAGGAACGGUGGCCAAAGGGAAGGAGAACCAGGAGCCCGUGGUGGCUCAGGACUGGUCAGAGACCAAAUGCCUGACGGACAAGGAGCUGAGACGCAGGCUUGUGGAGAUGGGAGAGAGUCCGGGACCCAUAAGUCAUCGUACCCGGCCGGUGUACAUGCAGAGGCUAAGGCGGCUGUUGCUGGAGCCGGACACUCAACAACAACUGCCGGACCAACCACAAGGUCCUGCGCAGGGACACAGUCCAGAGCUGUGUGUGGCCCUGCGGACGUUGGUGCUGCCCGACUGCCAGGACGACGAGCUGGCACUGUGCCAGCAGUUUGACCAACCAGACCAGAACAGGAAGUGGCGGGAGGGCGUCAUCAAGUCCAGCUUCAACUAUCUGCUACUGGACCCCAGAGUAACAAAGAACCUACCGUAUCGGAGUCAUUCCAUGAGCCCUCUGGAUUGUUUUCAGACUUUCAUCAGCGCUAUAUUCUACGUGGGCAAGGGCAAGCGCUCCCGACCCUACAGCCAUCUGUACGAGGCUCUCGACUACCACCGAGGAGACAAGACUUCUAAGAAACUAUGCUCCAAGGUGCAGCACAUCCUCCAGGUUUGGAAGGGAGCAGGGGUGAUCUCUCUGCACUGCUUCCAGAACGUCAUCCCCGUGGAGGCCUACACUCGUGAGGCCGUCAUGGUGGACGCCAUUGGCUUGAAGAUGCUGACCAACCAGAAGCGAGGGGACUACUACGGGGUGGUGUCCACGUGGCAGUUGAAGAGGAAGAGGGAGCUGGGGGUGCACCUGCUCUACAGGGCCAUGCAGAUCUUCCUGGCUGAGGGAGAGAGGCAGCUCAGACCUCCUGAUAUCAGGGGGGGACAGUAGUGCCCCCCAGUGGGUAGAGUUUGGUACUGCACCAACAGAAAAUGAACGUGUUUAUUGAACAAGGUGUUGACUAGUUUACUCCAUUCAGACGAAACUUGGGCUUAAAGGUCCAUUGCAGCUGUUUUUUAUCUCAAUAUCAAAUCAUUUCUGAGUAAUAAUUAAGUACCUUUAUUAUGAUUUGUUUUCAAUUAAAAUGGUUAAAAAGGAACAAAAAUAACUUCUGAGACAAAGAGCAAUUUCUCAAGCAAGAAUUUUGAUGGGACUGUCUAGGAGUGGUCUGAGUGGGGAGAGGAACAUUGAAAAUGGACAAUUUUACAGCCUGUUGAUGUUACCGGGCAGGUCAAAACUCCAUCCCACCAAAACAGGCUGACAGUUCAGACGGUCGUUUCAAACAGCUCUUACACUAAAAAGGCAUUAUCAUAAUUUUCACAAUAUUAUUUCAAGCUCAUAGUGUGGGAAGUUAAUAAAACACAGGGAAACCACAUUUUUGACUGUACUGGGCCUUUUAAAGUGUAAAUGUUUUACUCAUUGAUGUAGAAGAGAUUGGCUUGUUGGAACACGGGACCAAGAUAUAGGUUAUUUUUCUAUACAUUUUUUGUGUCCAUGUCAUACCUAGGCUAAACCAGAUUCACCUUGGAGCUCUAAUGGUUGCCAUUUCACCUUUCUGUCCGUUCUCCAAUCACCUCCUUUCUGUUCUCCAAUCACCUCGCCUUCUUCUCAACCUCAUUGGAAGAGAAGUACCAAGGUCCCGCCUGUCAGACCUUCUUCUCAACCUCAUUGGAAGAGAAGUACCAAGGUCCCGCCUCUCAGACUUUCUUCUCAACCUUAUUGGAAGAGAAGUUCCAAGGUCCCGCCUGUCAGACCUUCUUCUCAACCUCAUUGGAAGAGAAGUACCAAGGUCCCGCCUGUUGGACCUUCUUCUCAACCUCAUUGGAAGAGAAGUUCCAAGGUCCCGCCUGUCAGACCUUCUUCUCAAUCUCAUUGGAAGAGAAGUUCCAAGGUCCCGCCUGUCAGACCUUCUUCUCCAAUACGUUUUUAGAAGGAGCCGAAGAGAAAGGUGAUGAAUUGAGAAAGAGAGAAUGAUAUUGAAAGCUUGUUCACCUACCUUAGCAUCAGUUAAAUAUGUACGUCCAUUAAAUAUGAUGCAAAUACAUGUAUUUCUUUAGCAGAAAAACCAUUAGGCUUGUAUUAUUAGUAGUAUGAUCAUUAUGUAUGUAUUUGUAGAUAAAGUCUACCACCAGAAUGAAAGCACUAAAGGAAAAAUAAUCGUGUCACAACCAAUGUAUGUCUAUGGUCAAAACACUGGGUGGAAGGAAAAACACAUUUACACAUGUUUCGAGGAUUUUGUUAUUUACCUCGGUCAAAUCAAUUACAGAUCAACUUGAUUGAACUAUUCCCCCUUUUAACAAGUGAUAUGAUAAAUGCAUAGUUACAAUGAAGUUUCCAAACAAAUACCAAUAUCAUUAGCUAUAUGCCUAUGCUGGUUGUGCUAUGUCCAACUGGCAAAAGUUUCGAAUCAUCUCAUCCACAGAAUCUUUCAACUGUCUAUGGACUAUUUCAUCAAUGUAGCAUUAUUUUUCUUUGUUGUAUGUUAGGAUGUUCUUAUAAAAACAAAAAUACCCGAA